ACACGGAAAAUAGCCGCUUCUUCCUCUUUUUUCCAUCACUGUGCGUGAGAGAACCAUGGAAGAACUGCCGCCUUCUUCCUCAACAAUCGACCACCACCGGCCACCUAGACCACCAGAUCCCACUACCAUUCGAACCCCCUCACCUUCCUCUUCAACCUCUAGUCAUCAUCGGGCCAUGGAGUUGUCGAAAACAUCCCCAAUCAUCACCCAAAAAUGCGCUACCAACCAUGAUUUUUGCCAUAUUUCCACCAUCGUCAGCCACUGUUUCGAUUGCGGACCACCACCACUCUCCUCCUCUCAACCAGGCGCAUCCAGUACCACCAUGGGUCACCUGCAAUUUUGUUCAGAAUCGAGAGAGCUUGUGAAAGCAGUUCACGGUAGUCCACCGGCAUAUCAUUUUGAUAGGGGAUCUCGUGCAGGAAUUAACAAUUGGUUGGUUCAUAUCGAGGGAGGAGGAUGGUGCAACAAUGUCACUACUUGCCUUGAACGUAAAGAUAAUUGCUUAGGUUCCUUCAAGAAAAUGGCUAAGCAGGUUGUGUUUUCUGGGAUUUUGAGCAACAAGAUAGAGUUUAACCCAGGUUUAUUGAAAAACUAUAGCAAGGCAUUCCCGGUGAACUGAUCAAGAAACAGUUAGAGGGGCUAUAUGUUAUCUAUUACUUAAUCCACAUUUACAAGCACCAGAGUGAUUUCAUUGCUACAAGCUGCAUAGCUCAAAAGCAAGCUUGCUAAUGAUCAGCUCAGAGCCUUGUAUUCUUUUACUGUAUUUUCUUUGAAUCAUUAGUCAUUUCUUUAUUUACUCUUUUACUGGAUGCCUGUAAAUUGAAAAUUACUUAGUUUGGAUUUGGAUGAACUAUAAAUUUUGUUAUAUUUGUGUUUUGGUAAAAUAUUUUGAUUUAAUA